AUGAAUGUGCGAAUCAAAGUUUGGGUACAAAAUUCUGUUUCCCCAAUUCAACUCUCCAUGUUUUUAAGAGACGAUGAUUGGGACAAGGUUUCUACACGAAGAAAGCGCUCAGUCCCAGAUGAUAGAGAAAUUGCAAGAUCGCAAUUUGCAGGAAAGAUCGUGGAUGUAUUGGCCUCGGAGCAAAUGUGGAAAGACAAUAGCGUGGCUUGGUUUGCUUAUGCAGAGAAGGAUGGGAAUAUCAUGUCGAUAAGAUUACUUGUAGCUGAUCGUUUUAAAUAUGAACGCAGAGAUACCAGCACAUCACCUUCACAGCAAUCAGCCAACCUCACCGAAAUUUUGAUACAAUUGGGGAAAGAUGUUUUGAAUGGAGCUCUUAAUUUGAAAAUUGAUGGAGAGAGUGUUGAAAUCACGAAAUUGAAUGGUUGCUUAGAUUUGAAAUGCGAAGAACAUGCGUUCAAUAUCAAAUCCUUAAAAUUCCAAGAAAACAAUGGAAAUGGAAAGCCCAAAGCAGACGAAUGUGAUGCUGAUAACGGGCCGGAUGGAGCUAGACAAUGUGUCAAACUGCCAGCGUACAACGACUACCAAUGGCUUACUUGUCGCACAAACUCGUACAUCAAACUAAAGACAAACGGCAAGCACUACUGCACUGACCAGUCACGUACAUAUUGUCGCUACCAGUGUAUGUUGGAUAAGUAUGGAGAGAGCAGUGGUGAUGUUUAUAGCAGCUGCCAGUGUUCCGGGUCGAAAAAG